AUGAACCUCUUCUGCUUCUCCCUGGAGGGCUCUAUGGACAGUCUCUACGAGGCGGUCCAGGACGCCGAUGAGGGCCAGGUCUACACCAUCCCCAGCAGGUCGUGUAGCCCCGCGGUCAUGCUGGACGAAAACGCCAAAUGGCGCGGCUCCGAGCGCUCCAUCUCCCUGGAACUGUCCCAAAUCCACACCACCAAUGCAAAAAAGAAGAAACGGAAGCCUCUAAUACCCAAAUCCAUGUCUGACAAUGAAGCAUUAGAUAAUGCUGAGUGCAUUAACACCUACUGGCCAUCAUCCAAGAAGAGAGAAGAUUUAGUUCACCUCAGGAACAAUCAAAACGGAGAGCUGGGAAUGGAACUGCUUCAGGCCGGCUUUCAAAUGGGGGACUGCGGAUUGCGCCAACUCAACAAUCAGAGGGAAAAGGAGCAGGCCACCCAGGUCAUGAGCUAUGACACGUGGAUUCCAAACUGGGAGCGUCCGAACAGCAGGCAGCAAGAUCCGGCAGAGAAGAGGCCCAACACGCCCCAACGCGCCCAGGAGAACUCUGCCCCCGGCCCCAUUCCUACGGACCGGGGCUGGGCCAUGGGGGUGCCUCCAAACCGCCAGCGCUGGAGCACCUCAGGGGAGCCCCCCCCGCCGUGGGGCGGCCCUUACCACACCUGCCGCCGACCGCUCAGCGAGUUCCGCGCGUACACAUGUGACCUCACCCUGCCCCGCCCCGACAGCCUCGCCCGCGAGCCCUCACCCCACUGCGUCGCCCGCUCCAUCACCAACGCCGACCUCUGCGUCUCCAGCACUAGGUUUUUGCAGUGA